CAGAGCACAGGAAAUAAGAAAAACAGAGUGAGCUUAAGCAUUUCCUUUUUCAGGGAAGGAAAGAUGGUCUCUGCCAGAGCUGCAGCCGCCAUGGCGAUCUUCGUCCUGGUUGCUCUCUCCACCUCCCACAUGGCGUUCUCCCUCCGCCCCGGCGCCGGCCUCGGCGUGUGCCGCGCCAGCGGCUACCUCCCCGGCCGGUCCGGCAACUGCGAGAAGAGCAACGACCCGGACUGCUGCGAGGACGGCAAGAAGUACCCGCAGUACCGCUGCUCGCCACCGGUGACGGCGAGCACCAAGGCCGUGCUGACGCUCAACAGCUUCGAGAAGGGCAAGGACGGCGGCGGCCCGUCGGAGUGCGACAACGCGUACCACAGCGACGAGGAGAAGGUGGUGGCGCUCUCCACGGGGUGGUUCAGCAACAUGGCGCGCUGCGGGCACCGCAUCAAGAUCUCCGCCAACGGCAACUCCGUGUACGCCAAGGUGGUGGACGAGUGCGACUCCGUCCACGGCUGCGACGACGAGCACAACUUCGAGCCGCCCUGCGACAACAACAUCGUCGACGCAUCGCCGGCGGUCUGGGACGCCCUGGGGCUCGACCAGAGCCUCGGCAUGGUGGACAUCACAUGGUCCGAGGAGUGAGUAGUUGAUGAUUGUCUGUUCUCUGUAUAGUGAUGGUGCAUGCUGUGUAUUGAACUAUUGAUAGAGAUAUUGGUAGUCGCGGGCUCAUUUCCCUGUCCUGUAUGCCGUGAUAUUCUGCAUAUAUGGAAUAAAAGGUA